AUGACCGGCCAGUACCACGGGGAACCAGCGACAGUGUGGUCACUCGGGAUCCUCUUGUUUGUGAUUCUUUUCAGUAAAUAUCCAAAGAGACGACACCUGCACGAGAUUAACGAUAAAAACUGGACUAAAGCUGGCCUGUCGAAAGAAUGCUGCGAUUUAAUUCGCCGGUGUCUACAGAUCGACCCAAAGCAGCGGAUUGAACUGGGGAAACUCAGUCUCCACGACUGGCUUAUGACUGCAGACAAGGAGAAUAACAACGACACAAUAAUGGGUCAGUUUGACAUCAAUUCAUGCCGUUAUGAAAUCGUCUGUCAGCUGGGUGAUGGAGGCUUCGGAACCGUUUAUGCAGCGACUCGUUUGGACGACGGCCUACAGGUGGCGAUAAAAGUCGUCUCCAGCAGGAACAGAAAGUUCAUCAGUAUUGACGGUUGUUCCAAGCCUCUUCCUCUGGAGGUUGCUUUGCAAAUCCUUGCAGACGGAGACCCCAGGGUCGAGGAAAUCAUCCAGCUUCUGGACUGGCGGGUGGAGUCUGACCACUACAUUUUGGUGCUAGAGCGUCCCGUUCCCUUUGAGGAACUGAACUGGUUUCUCCUGCAGCAAAUGGGUACCAUUCAAGAGGACAUGGCACGAGUUAUAAUGCGCCAGGCAACAUUCGCAGCUCAAACAUGCUGCAGACGUGGAGUGUUUCAUCAGGACAUAAAGCUGGAAAAGCUUCUGAUCAACCCGGACACACUCAAAGUCAAGUUAACUGACUUUGGGUGUGGUGACUUCCUCAGCUGUGUGGGUUACACGUCCUUUGUUGGCACAAGAGAGUACUGCCCUCCUGAGUAUCACAUGACCGGCCAGUACCACGGGGAACCAGCGACAGUGUGGUCACUCGGGAUCCUCUUGUUUCUUAUGCUGUGUGGGGAUUUUCCAAAUACACCAGACCUGCACAUGAUCGACGGUCACAACUGGACCAAAGAUGGCUUGUCGGAAGAAUGCAGCGAUUUUAUUUGCUGCUGUCUGCAAAUCAAUCCAAAAGAGCGGAUUGAACUGGAGAAACUUAGUCUCCACGACUGGUUUAUGGAUUGCUGA